UCACAAUUGCUAAAUUAGUGUCAUCGAUUGCACACGAUUUAUUGCAUUCCGUUUAAAGAUGUUCCGGAGGAACUUUCGAUCCUGAUGCUUCACCAUCGUUCUGAUCAGAAUGUUGGGAGUAACUUGAUGUCGAGCUCUCUGAGUCUGUCAUAGAAUUUAAUGGUAUAUCAGACCAUUCAACAAUUUUCACCUUUUUCUGUUGAUCCUCGUCACGAGUUGGUUCAUCGUCAUCAUCGACAAGCUCAUAAUCAUCUGACAGACUGUUUUGAUAGCAAAGAUAUGUCUUAUUCUUCUUUGGUGUAUCAUUCUAAAGUUUUUAGAUAACAUUUUAAAAUGUUUUAAACAUUAUUUGAAAGUUUACUAACUUCUUC